AUGGUUCCAGUGGAUACAGCACUGGUGAAUGAGUUCAGAACAACACUGGUGGAGGUUGGAGGAAGAGGACUCCUAAACGCAAGUGUCCAAACACACAGAAAAACUCCUGGUGAAGCAACUGAGAUCCACACAAUUACAAAGAUGCCAUCUAUUAAAGAGGAGAGUGAAGACAUGAAGAUUAAAGAAACCUUCAGAGUGAAACAAGAAGAGACCGAGGAACAAACAGAUCUGAUGGCACUGAAAGAGGAGAGUCAGAAAGAUGAACUGAAUGAAAUGAAAGAGAAAAAUCAGGAUGAGAAGUGUCAUGAUUUAAAGAGUGGAGAAAAAUCCUCAAAGACUGAAGAGAUUUCUUCACAAAAAAGAGGUCAGAAGACCGGAUCUAACAGUUAUUUUACCUGCUGUCAGUGUGGUAAGAAUAUAACUAAUAAGCAAAACCUUGAAGUCCACAUGAGAGUUCACUCUGGAGAGAAGCCUUUCAGCUGCCAACAGUGUGGAAAGUGUUUCACUCAAAAACAAAACCUUAAAGUCCACAUGAGAGUUCACACUGGAGAGAAGCCUUACACCUGCAAACUGUGUGGACAAAGUUUUAAACUUAAGGGAAACCUUAAUGCCCACGUGAGAAUUCACACUGGAGAGAAACCGUACACCUGCAAACUGUGUGGGAAGAGCUUCUCACGAAAAGAAAGUCUUAAGACUCACUUGAACAUUCACACAGGAGAGAAGCCUUGCAUAUGUGGUCAGUGUGGAAAGAGAUUCAAAUGUAAAGAAACCCUUAAUCACCACAUGAGGAUUCACUCAAAAGAGGACUGUUUUAUAUGUCAUCAGUGUGGAAAGAGUUUCCUGCAUAAAAGAAGCCUCAACGCUCACAUUAGACUUCAUACUGGAGAGAAGCCUUUCAUCUGCCCUCAGUGUGGAAAGAAUUGCACAAAUAAAGCAAACCUUGAGAUUCACAGUAGAGUUCACACUGGAGAGAAACCUUUUACCUGCCCUCAGUGUGGAAAAAGCUUUUCACAAAAAGGAAACCUUCAGACUCACAUAAGUAUUCACACUGGAGAGAAGCCUUUUAAGUGUCUUCAGUGUGAAAAGGGUUUCACAUAUCAUAAGGACCUGAAACAUCAUUUGCAAAGUCAUUCGGUAAAGAAAUUGUGAGCAAUUGUACUCUGGAGGAAGACAAUUUAAUUGUACUGAGGGUAAU